CCUAAGCAGAGAAUAGACACACAGGACGUUUGCGCACUGAAACCCAUGCGUCAAAGGACACCGCCGGACAAUACCUACUGAAUCGGCCGGAAAACAGUUUUCGCAGUUCUGUCGCGGCAGUAUUUUACUGGACGCCAACUUGAAAACAACUUAAAAAAAAUAUUUAAAAAGUGAAAUUAAAAAUGUUACUAUUCCAAACUUUAUUAGUGGCCAGUCUUCUAAAUACCAUAUUUUCAUACAAUCCCUUUGAUUAUGAGUCUGAGCGACCAGGAGAUCAUGGGUAUUACGGAGUGCAUGAUGGCAUGGAGCAAGGUGAUGGGAUGAAUGAGUGGACAGUGGAGGUGGAUGGUGAUGAGGAGGUAGCGCAGCUAAUCGCGUUGGAGUUGGGAUACGUGUAUGGAGGGCCGGUGGCCGGUUUCCCGAACACCUACUCGUUCCUGAAGUACCGCCACAGCAAGCAACGACGCACGUACAGCGACUCCUCGCUGGCUCUCAUCAAAGACCGGAGGAUAAGAUGGGCUGAGCCACUAUUCUCCAAGUCGCGAGUCAAACGCUACCCAACCCCGGAACCAGAUGCGUCUCUGGAACGGGUGAAAAGGAUAGACACUCAAGCAGAAAAGAGGCAGAAGAGGGAGGUCGACAGGCCUCUGUUCAACGAUGAAUUGUGGGAAGAAGAAUGGUAUUUGCAAGAUUCGCGCAACGUACGCUCGCUACACCGUCUAGACCUGAACGUGUUACCCGUGUACGCCAUGGGGUACACCGGCCGCGGAGUCCGCGUGUCCGUGCUCGACGACGGCGUAGAACACAACCACACCGACCUGCGUGAUAACUAUGAUCCUGAAAUCAGUUGGGAUUGCAACGACGGCGACCCGGAUCCGUCUCCGCCACAAAAAGAUCUGAGGCGCAAUUCGCACGGCACCAGGUGUGCAGGAGAGAUAGCGAUGACGGCGAAUAACGUGAAAUGCGGCGUGGGCGUGGCCUGGGGGGCGAAAGUGGGCGGGGUGCGGAUGCUCGACGGUCGAAUCACGGACCGCGUCGAGGGAGAAGGAAUAGGUUACGCCUGGGACAAAGUGGAUAUCUACAGCGCGUCUUGGGGCCCUAAUGACGACGGGCGUACGGUGGAAGGACCGGGUCGCCUCGCCAUGCAGGCUUUCAAGCGGGGAGUCACUCAGGGUCGCAGCGGUAAAGGCGUUAUUUACGUUUGGGCCAACGGAAACGGAGGAAUCCACAAGGACAAUUGCAACUGCGACGGAUAUUCGUCAUCAAUCUACACAGUGUCAAUCGGCAGUGCUUCGCAACAUGGAUGGUUCCCCUGGUACGGCGAGGUCUGCUCCUCGACCCUCGCCGUGGCCUAUUCAUCAGGCGCUCGAAAGGAUCAGAAGAUUGCGACGACAGACACUAAUGACUCAUGCACCCUGGACCACACAGGCACCUCAGCCGCCGCGCCUCUCGCGGCCGGCAUCAUUGCUCUAGCUUUGGAAGCCAACUCUAAUCUAACUUGGCGUGACGUUCAACACCUAAUUGCUUGGACUUCAGACUCCAGUACAUUAGCAGGCAACCCCGGAUGGCAAAUCAAUGACGUCGGACUUCAAUUUGACGUUCGGUUUGGCUUCGGUCUGCUCAACGCUGAAGCCCUGGUGUCUAGAGCUCUGAACUGGAUAACGGUUCCUGAGAAACUCAUCUGCCACAUACCACCACAGUACAAAAUCAAUGAAAAACUAUCAUCAGGGCAACAAGUAAACAUUUAUUUUGACGCCCACGACUGCCCAGUGAACUACGUCGAGCACGUGGAACUCGGUAUAAACAUUCACUACAGCAAGCGCGGGGCGCUAGAGGCUUAUCUGACGUCUGCACGAGGAACGAGGAUACAGCUUUUGACCGCCCGACCAGAAGAUACCUCCAACGCUGCCUUCUUGAACUGGCCUCUCAUGUCCGUAGCUACGUGGGGAGAGAAUCCUAAGGGCAUGUGGCAAGCUGUUAUAUUAGAUGAUACUGACGAAGCUAAUGUAGGAGAAGUUGGAGAAACGACAUUAGUCAUACACGGGACGAGCGAGACACCGGCUCACAUGAAACAUUUACUUAAAGAUGACAUUUCAAAUGGUGACACUAACAAUGAGAACAAUAUGAAACAUUUACUUGAAGAAGUAAAUGAAAUUUCAAAUGAAAACAUAUUUAAUAAUUUUUUAAAUGUACCAGAGAAUCAUGUUCACGAUGUUGAUCCACCGUUGCUGACAGCCGUAGAGAAGCAGUUACUACGGAUGCAUCACAGGAAAGUGAACAAGGAUCGUGGCUUGUAA